CUCCAACUCCACCUUCAAUGAUGUACCUUCCUCAACUUAUGUCUAUCUAAUUCAUUGCCCGACUCCUCUUUCAAUCAUUAACCGGCUCCAGGACUUACUUUGAUUCAGAUGCACCUCUUCACCCCCAAUCACGUGUCCUUAAUUGCUGCAUGCUAUCCUUCUUCAUCUGCAUUAGCUUCUUCUGGUCCUGAAUAUCGCCCGAAUGCGCAGGAGCUCUCCAAACUCACAUACUAUGCAGCCAAUCGCCCAGGAAAGAUAAACAAGCUCGGGGGUGAACUAGAGAAACGUGUCAAGGCAGGAUGUUAUAAGGCUCAGUAUGGAAACGUUCGAGCUAGAGCAUCCUUACUUAUCACACUUUCUGUCUUGCGCGCGCUGGCGGUAGAAUGUCGACGCGAUAUAUCCUUAUUAUCCCCGGCUUUGGUCGCGUGCCUCAAGGUCACGCUUGAUUCCCUCUCUUCUGACCUCGAAGUAGUAGCGCGAGCAGCCAGCGUGUUUACUGCGUGGUGCACUUUUACCGACGGUCAUGUCAUUGAAGCGGAUUCUAACUUGGCCCGAGAUUAUCUCGCUGUCUUACGGCGAUUUGCCCAGCUAUCCACCGCCGACGUCAAGUCGGUUGAUCAUGAGUUAAGGAACAGGACUCGUCUAGUCGGAUUGGCUGCUCUUACAGGCGCUGUGAAUUCAGAGGCCCUUUAUUGCUCUUCCAAUCAUUACAAGCCCCAAGUAUCGAUCAUAUCUCGCGCAUUGCUUUUCCAUGUCAUGAAUGCGGAGUUGUCUGUUCUCGAUGAGUGUGCGGAGGCUAUCAAAAGCAACGCUACUUCGAUAUAUCUUGCAGAAUUCCGUUCUCGUCCUGUCAUUGAAAGGCGUGCUACGGAGGAGAACGGUCCAUCUUCCUCCGAUGUUCUAAAUACAUCGUUAAGGGCACUGCAACACAUGAUACAGCACUCUAAUGGCGCUCAAAUAGGGCUCUUGAUGCAGGCUACAUUUGAAGGCCUAGGCGAUCUUAAAGUUUGGGAGAAACUCGACCAAAGUCGAUGGCUGGCUCAAAAGGCGUGUGAAUGGGCCCAGUACCAGUAUCGCUAUGCAGUACCUACUCGAUUGGUCGAACAGCUCCUUUUGAUCCAGGACUCAUCGAUAUGCACAGCCCAACAUAGAGCCUUAGCUACCAUGGUCCCCGCGGUCUUCACGUCCCCCGUACCUCUCGUCAAUUUGUCCACAUCAGAUAUCAUCUCAAACCUUAUCACAUUGGUCCUACGGCGUGUAUCGAUCGAUCCUCAGGACGCCCUCCUACCGUCGCUCGUGGAAUGCAUAUCCUCUUUGGGCGCUCACAUCUACUAUUCUGAUCAGAUUCAAGACCUUGCUAGCGAGCUUGUCAGUCGUCUUGUAACCGUUGAGAUGCAAGGUGUUACUGGUCGCGACAAAGAACCUGGUGACCGCAGGCGAAGUCAGGCUAUCAGGUGUCUCCUUGCAGGUCUUCUAGGUCUCAUGCGUGCUGCUGAUGGUUCACAAGUGGUGUCGGAUGAUAAAAAUACCCUCCAAAAUAUUCCCUCAUCUUCCUUUCCACAGAAUAACGACCCUUCGCAAAGACCUCCCUCUCACCAUUCCCGACGGACAAGGGUAUCCGGAGAAGUAUGGCACGAGACCUUGAGCCUUCUCUGCGAUGGCGACUUCUCGGUACGGAGCGAUUAUGCCCAUGCUCUUGUUGAUUACUUGCGCAAAGAGAUUCCAAAACGUGGAGACACGACAGAUGAAAAUGGAGUCAGACGUUCUCGCCCUCUCAUUGAGGGUAGCCCGACGCACCAAGCAAACAGCAUCGGCAUCCUUCUAUACGGCGACUCGGCGACGCGAUCGCUCCAUGCUACGCAUGCUUAUCUUUUCAUACUCGCGACAACUUCGUCUCUUGGCAUUUCAUUCAACUCAACUCCUUCGCCCGCCCACUCCACAACCGGUGACAUCCCUUCUAUUGGAGUCACAGCCCCUUCUCAGAAUGAGUCAGGCCCCGUCAAUGGACCUAGCACCGACCCGCAUGGCUCUUCUCCUGCCCGGAGAUCACCAGGGCUUCUUGCCCGGACACGUAAAAGUUCGAAUGCACAGCGCUUGUUGGAGAGCGUACCUGAGAAGGUCUCUGCAGCUGCUUCAGCGUCCCUGUCAGACUAUGCGCUAAUCUUGUAUGUACUGUCUGCUAUCCACGAGGAAGUUCCGACCCGCGGCCUUCUUGCUGGUCUCCCUAUGCUCAUGGCGCUCCAUGGAACCACCGAAAUUGAAGACGGGAUGAAUGAGGCUUCUAAGCAACGAGUGAAGGUGAUACAAGAGUUGCUGGCUCGCGUUUGGCUUGUGCUCGGACGCGUCUGGGAAUGCACGGAACUGGUGGACCUCGCUGAAAAGGCUUUGUCAACAAUGGAGGCGGCACCAACCCUACCUUCUCUCCCAGAGUUCAUUCCUGGGGUCCUACGACCAGCACAGACAGAAGUUAGGUUCCCCCCUAUAGAGGCAGAAGGAGCAGUGGGGCCAUGGUCAAACGUCAAUGCCGAGGAGGCACUGGCGAUAUUAGUGUCUUCAAAGUCUGUUCAAGAAGCAACAGGACUUGACCGUCAAGGGCUCCUUCGCCGUUGUUCGGCAAAAUGGUCGGUAGACAUGGCUCUCAGAGACGCGGAUAGACCGAGCAACCACAGGAUGAUGGAAGGUGGUUCACCGUUGUUGAAGCUAUCACCUGCUCUUAUGGCUAUCGAGAACCUCUCGCUACAAAGUCUAACACGGUCGGUCCGUGGGGUAGGUGUGACUGAUUUACGCGAUGCGCUUGAAGGACGUGCAGGAGCAUCCAACCCAGCUCUUGUCAGGCGACCUUCUGUAUCUACCCUUGAAUGCUCGCCUUCUGUGGAUCUUCGCUCCAGCCCACUUGGGUUAACGCGAAGUCGGUCUAGACCCAAGAAGCGUGCUGUCACAAGUAGUGCGGGUGAAGUAAGGGACGUUUUGAAUAGGUUGGGAAUUGGCAAACAGAACGGAAGCAGCUUGUUGAAGGCUUCCUUCCAGUGA